CACAGACACUCCGCAGCUGACAGCCUCUCCCUGCGAGCCUGCCCUGGAUGUGUUCAAAGCUCCCGGACUGUUGGGCAAAAACAAACCAAAACCCCAAACAUGACGACUCUGGAUCCGCUGAAAUCCGUCAUAUCCAUCGAAAAUGUGGACGACACGUCGCUGGCUGUGCCGUCCCUGAACCAGUACCGAUCAGGACAACAGCGCGUCCUGGACCAAGUGCAGAGUAUGAAGAGGACCAAGUCGAGAAAGUCCAGCAGCAGGAAUAGCUCCACUUCUUUAUCACCUACUAGCCCUUUGUACGACUCCGUGUUCGGGGACGCUUUGAAGUCACAGUUGAGCACAUCUAGUGGAAUUGUUUUCUUUGGAAAUGGCUCCUCUAAAGCUCUUAACCAAGAGAAAAACAUGAACCGGCAAGUUAUCAACCACUCCAAGGGACUCACUGUCAAGAGGAGCACAAUAGGUUCUACCCCGGUUUACAGCUCGGUCGGAGCCAAGGCUGUCGGUCCACCCAACACCAGCCGCAGUGAGCCUGACAGGCCCUGGCGGCACACCAUGGCAAAACACUCUGGUCCUCCACAGAGAUUGCUCUCCAAUAGGAGCACCCACAGGACAGAAAGGCCCACCAGUCAGUUUAUAACUGCCGCCACAGGCCAGCCUGUGAACGCUAUGAACGGCACAAGUAAGACCAAAACAAACAACCAGUUCAUAUGUAACCCAACUGACUCAUCCAAAGGUCUUUGGAAGCUUCCGGUCACUGAGGGCACACCCAAGAACAAAGGAGAUUCUGGGUCAAAUGGGAAUAGUGGAGUUGCGGAUAUCACUAUGCAGGAGGCUGUGGAGUGUCUUUCCAGUGACGAUGAGUCACAUCAAUACUGUGGUGCUUCCUACAUUCAGCACAACACUUUCAUUGACGACACGGCCAAAGAGAAGGUGUUAAAGCUCAAAGGGAUUCCUCCUCUGGUGAGUCUGCUGCGCAGCCCCAAUUCACAAGUCAGCCAGACGGCCUCGGCUGCCCUUCGUAACCUGUCCUUUAAAAGCGAAAAUACCAAGGAGGCGAUACAUAACAGCGGUGGCAUCACAGAGGCCGUGGCUCUGCUCAGAGAUACGAACUCUGUAGAGAUACAGAAACAACUGACAGGUCUCUUGUGGAAUUUGUCCUCUGCAGACAACCUGAAACCAGACCUGCUGAAGAACGCUUUGUCUGUCUUAAUGGAGUGUGUGAUCCUUCCUUACACAACAGGUCCUGACCGCACCAACAGUAACAGCCAAGACCCUGAGGUCUUCUUUCACGCCACCGGGUGUCUAAGAAACCUCAGCAGUGCAAAGCAAAACAACAGACAGACGAUGAGAAAAUGUCGAGGUUUGGUCGACUCUUUGGUCAGUUAUGUUAAAGACUGUGUGGAAGCAGGGAAACCGGAUGAUAAGUCUGUAGAGAACUGUGUGUGCAUCCUGCACAACCUGACCUUCCAGCUGGAGGCCGAGGCGCCGACUUUGUUCAGCAGGAUCACAGCUUUGGCCAAGACUGUCAUGAGGAGCAACAGCCAGGGUGACACCGGCCCCAUCGGCUGUUUCAGUCCCCAGAGCAAAUCUCCAGACCAAGAGCGUCACUUUGACUUCCCGGUCGUUGAGGAUCCACAGCCGAACGGAGCAGGCUGGCUGAUCCACUCCCAAACUCUGCGGAGUUACCUGACUUUGCUUGGCUCUAGCCAGAAAGAAGAAACUCAGGAGGCCUGUUGUGGAUCGCUGCAGAACCUCACUGCACAUGAAGGCAUUGUCUCCAGUGUAAUGAGCCAGACCAUUGUGCAGAAACUGAAUGGUCUGCAGGUUAUCAGUCCCCUUAUAAAGUCAAACAAAGUCAACUUACAGAGGAACAUUGUGGCUUUGGUAGGAAACUUGACCAAGAACCCAAAACUGCAUAACGCCAUAGCUCGUAAAGCCCUCCCAGAGCUGCUGGGCAUCAUCAGCAUAGGCACCAACGAAGGGAACGAGUCUGAUGACACUCUGGCCAUGGCCUGUCAGACCGCCAACUGCCUGCUAAUGAAGGAACCUGAGAUGGGCAAACACCUGUUAAACAACAGCCUGAUAAACUCACUGAACAGUCUCAGCCAAAACAAUUAUUUUCCCAAAUCCAGCAAAGCUGCAUCUCUGUUUCUCUACAACCUGUGGUCAGAAAAAGAUUUGCAAAGCUUCCUGAAAAAGCAAGGGAUGAGUAAAUCCUCAUUCGUAAAUGGCAUCACCACGACAGCACUCAAGUCGGCUCAUGUUGUCAAUUAAACGUCUUUUACCGAAGCAGCUUGCCUGCAAGUUCUCCGCACAUUCUCCGUAAACGCAUUGAGGCUGAGCAGCAUCCUUCCACAUUUCACAAAGACUUGCAGACUUUUUUUUUUUUUUUAACCAUGUAUAAGUAUAAUUCAUCCAUCAACAAAUGAUUACACAGGCCUGUAUAUGCUGUACGGUGACUUUAUUUGUAGGAAAAAAGGUGAAGGUUAAGAUAUGACGUGAUCAGCCAGACUGUCUUUGCUACAAGUUUAUUUAGUUUAGUUUUUAAUUUAGUUUUUUUAUUUUAGUUUUUUAGUUUUAUCUACUGUCAAAUGUUUUUUAAUGUAAAUGUACAUGUAUGUGCCUGCAUUAGCUUGGCUUUAUUAGAUAAUAACAGAAGGGUUAAGACUUUAAUUUGCACUGAAAUUGCUCUUUUAAUAUCAACACACUAGAUUGUAAAAUGAGUUUGACCAUGUAAAAUGAGCAUAGAUAACAUCCUGUUUUCUGUUGCUGAGGUUUAUGAGGUUUCCAUAAGAGCUUUGAUAUUGUCUUAAGCAGUGAUGAGUGUUUACAUUUUGUAAAGACAGCCCUUGUUGGUGGUGUAUCCACCUUUUUUCAUAUGUAUGUAACUUGUAAGCUUGAAUUUUCCCAAAAAGUGGCAGUAAAGCUGCAAAGGUGACAGAUACUCAAUGAAUAAACUCAACCUCUGG